GCCGGAUAUGGUUGUAUCUGACCCAUGAGAAAUUCGGGUCAAAACUUCUGAUAGCACCAAAAUAUCUGAAGCAGAGAGAAGAAGAACAAAAUUAACUUACAGCUAUGGGGCUCUCAGCUUCUAAGCGAGUUAGCAAUUCACUCCAAAAUUCAUCCGAAUUCAACUCGGCAUGUGACUCAGUCUACGAUGAUUGUCUCUCCCUAUCACAGCACGCUUUCGCCGGAGUCAAACCCUACCAGCUUUUCUCCGCCAUGGAACGCCUACACGCUUCUCUCUAUCCCUCCGUCCCUCUCAUAACCAAUUGGGUUAAAUCGCCUCCGAACCAAUUACAAGUCGAUAAGGCCUUCAAAAUCGUGUCAAAGCGCCGAUCAGGCGAAAAGGAGAGUGAAAUUGUGCUUGGGAACAAGGAGUUUAAGGAGUUUUCAGUGGAGGUAUUUGCGGACGCUGUCGUUUCGUGUGCAGGGAAAGAGCUGUUGAAGAGGGUUCCGGUAGGUGCAUUGGGGAUUGCUGGCGUUGGUGCGGUGGUAAAGCCUGGGAAAGAAUUGAUUGCGGCGGCGAUUGGUGCUUACGCGCUCGGUGUUGCAACUUCGGUAUACGUCAGCUUGGCUUAAACGUAUGAUUUUUCUUUUUUUUUACUCAUAAAAGUGAAUAAAAGUUUUUACAAAUUUGCUUAAGCCAAAAGUAUAAAUUAGUCAUGUAUUACAUUAUUGUAACCCCUAAUAAGAGACUGAAAUUUAUGUUUAGUUUUAAUU